CGCGCGCCUGGGGGACAUGGAAGCGCUGACGCUGUGGCUUCUACCCUGGAUAUGCCAGUGCGUGUCGGUGCGGGCCGACUCCAUCAUCCAUAUCGGUGCCAUCUUCGAGGAGAACGCGGCCAAGGACGAUAGGGUAUUCCAGCUGGCCGUAUCUGACCUGAGCCUCAACGAUGAUAUCCUGCAGAGCGAGAAGAUCACCUACUCCAUCAAGGUCAUCGAGGCCAACAACCCGUUUCAGGCCGUGCAAGAAGCCUGUGACCUCAUGACCCAGGGGAUUUUGGCUUUGGUCACAUCCACUGGCUGUGCAUCUGCCAAUGCUCUGCAGUCCCUCACAGAUGCGAUGCACAUCCCGCACCUCUUUGUCCAGCGCAACCCAGGGGGGUCACCACGCACUGCCUGCCACCUGAACCCCAGUCCUGAUGGUGAGGCCUACACGCUGGCCUCGAGACCGCCUGUACGCCUCAACGACGUCAUGCUCAGGCUGGUGACAGAACUGCACUGGCAGAAGUUUGUGAUGUUCUACGACAGUGAGUAUGAUAUCCGUGGUCUCCAAAGCUUCCUGGACCAGGCCUCCCGGCUGGGCCUUGAUGUCUCUUUACAAAAGGUGGACAAGAACAUCAGCCACGUGUUCACCAGCCUCUUCACCACGAUGAAGACGGAGGAGCUGAAUCGCUACCGGGACACGCUGCGCCGUGCCAUCCUGCUGCUCAGCCCUCAGGGGGCCCACUCCUUCAUCAAUGAGGCUGUGGAGACCAACCUGGCUUCCAAGGACAGCCACUGGGUCUUUGUCAAUGAGGAAAUCAGUGACCCGGAGAUUCUGGAUCUGGUCCACAGCGCCCUUGGCAGGAUGACCGUGGUCCGACAGAUCUUCCCGUCUGCCAAAGACAACCAGAAAUGCAUGAGGAACAACCACCGCAUUUCCUCCCUGCUCUGCGACCCCCAGGAAGGCUACCUUCAGAUGCUGCAGAUCUCCAACCUCUACCUGUAUGACAGUGUUCUGAUGCUGGCCAACGCCUUCCACAGGAAGCUGGAGGACCGGAAGUGGCAUAGCAUGGCAAGCCUCAACUGCAUCCGCAAGUCCACCAAGCCAUGGAAUGGAGGGAGGUCCAUGCUGGACACAAUCAAAAAGGGCCACAUCACAGGCCUCACAGGGGUGAUGGAGUUUCGGGAGGAUAGCUCAAAUCCCUACGUCCAGUUUGAAAUCCUCGGCACAACCUACAGCGAGACCUUUGGCAAAGACAUGCGCAAGCUGGCAACGUGGGACUCAGAGAAGGGCCUGAAUGGCAGUCUGCAAGAGAGGCCCAUGGGCAGCCGCCUCCAAGGACUGACUCUCAAAGUGGUGACUGUCUUGGAAGAGCCUUUUGUGAUGGUGGCUGAGAACAUCCUUGGGCAGCCCAAGCGCUACAAAGGGUUCUCCAUAGAUGUCUUGGAUGCACUAGCCAAGGCUCUGGGCUUUAAGUAUGAGAUUUACCAGGCCCCAGACGGCAGAUAUGGUCACCAGCUCCAUAACACUUCCUGGAAUGGGAUGAUCGGGGAGCUCAUCAGCAAGAGAGCAGACUUGGCCAUCUCCGCCAUCACCAUCACCCCAGAGAGGGAGAGUGUCGUGGACUUCAGCAAGCGAUACAUGGACUACUCAGUGGGGAUCUUAAUCAAGAAGCCUGAGGAGAAAAUCAGCAUCUUCUCUCUUUUUGCUCCAUUUGAUUUUGCUGUCUGGGCCUGCAUUGCAGCAGCCAUCCCUGUGGUUGGUGUGCUGAUAUUUGUGUUGAACCGGAUACAGGCUGUGAGGACUCAGAAUGCUGCCCAGCCCCGGCCAUCUGCAUCUGCCACUUUACACAGUGCCAUUUGGAUUGUCUAUGGGGCCUUCGUACAGCAAGGUGGUGAAUCCUCAGUGAACUCCAUGGCCAUGCGCAUUGUAAUGGGAAGCUGGUGGCUCUUCACCCUCAUUGUGUGCUCCUCCUACACGGCCAAUCUUGCUGCCUUCCUCACAGUGUCCAGGAUGGACAAUCCCAUAAGGACAUUCCAGGACCUAUCCAAACAAGUGGAGAUGUCUUAUGGCACUGUCCGGGACUCUGCUGUGUACGAGUACUUCCGAGCCAAGGGCACCAACCCCCUGGAACAGGACAGUACUUUUGCUGAGCUCUGGAGGAUCAUCAGCAAGAAUGGAGGGGUUGACAACUGUGUGUCCAGUCCUUCAGAAGGCAUCAGGAAGGCAAAGAAGGGGAACUAUGCCUUUCUGUGGGAUGUGGCCGUGGUGGAGUACGCAGCCCUGACUGACGACGACUGCUCUGUGACUGUCAUCAGCAACAGUGUCAGCAGCAAGGGCUACGGGAUUGCCCUGCAGCAUGGCAGCCCCUACAGGGACCUCUUCUCCCAGAGAAUCCUGGAGCUGCAAGACACCGGGGAUCUGGAUGUGCUUAAGCAGAAGUGGUGGCCUCACACAGGCCGCUGUGACCUCACCAGCCAUGCCAGUGCCCAGGCUGACGGCAAGUCCCUCAAGCUGCACAGCUUUGCCGGUGUCUUCUGCAUCCUGGCUGUUGGCCUCCUCCUCGCCUGCCUGGUGGCUGCCCUGGAGUUGUGGUGGAACAGCAACCGGUGCCACCAGGAGACCCCCAAAGAGGACAAAGAAGUGAAUCUGGAGCAGGUCCAUCGGCGUAUGAACAGUCUAAUGGAUGAAGACAUUGCCCACAAGCAGAUUUCCCCAGCAUCCAUUGAGCUCUCGGCCUUGGAGAUGGGGGGUCUGGCUCCCAGCCAGGCCUUGGAGCCAACGCGGGAAUACCAGAACACCCAGCUCUCAGUCAGCACCUUCUUGCCUGAGCAGAGCAGCCAUGGCACCAGCCGGACACUCUCAUCAGGGCCCAGCAGCAACCUGCCACUGCCACUGAGCAGCUCGGCCACCAUGCCCUCCAUGCAGUGCAAACACAGGUCGCCCAAUGGGGGGCUGUUCCGCCAGAGCCCAGUGAAGACCCCCAUCCCCAUGUCCUUCCAGCCCGUGCCUGGAGGCGUCCUUCCAGAGGCCUUGGACACCUCCCACGGCACCUCCAUCUGACCACGCCGCCUGCCCUCCCGCCCGACCAUCCACCCACCCGACCAGCAGAGCUUUUUAAUACAAGGAAUCAACACAAACCACACACACACAC